AUGGCAUCUCCACUUUGGAAUCCACUAUACUUUGUUUCUCUACUUUCAUCUUUUCUUCUCCUUCAAAAUUUCCAGGUUUUUCCUUCUUAAACAUAACACUUUUUUCCUUUUUCUCAAGUCUUUGGCAGGAAAAUGGGAUCAUUACUUUGUUGCAUGAGUGAACAGAAUGAAGAAAAGAGCUUGGAAAGGAAUCUAGAAAAGAAAAUAUCUGAUAUAAGAAGAAACAAAUUUGGACAAUCCAAAUUGAAAUCCAUUGAUACUAUAGUUAUGCUGUUCCCUAUGUUCAAGAAGAGACUAAAAACCUUAAGAGGAAUGUUUCAACAAUAUGAUGAGGACUCUAAUGGAUCCAUAGAGCCAGAUGAACUUAAAACUUUCUUAGAAGAUUUGGAACUUCAUCUUCAAGAGAAUGAGAUUGAGAAUAUUUUUCAGUACUGUGAUAUUGAUGGAAGCAAAGGGAUUCAGUUCAAUGAGUUUAUUGUUCUUCUAUGCCUCAUUCAUAUCCUAACAGAACCUUUAUCCUCUGAUGAUGCACCGAAGGCAGAGUUAGCGCAGUUAGGAGAAGUUUUUGAUUCCAUAGUUGAAAUAUUUCUGUUUUUCGAUAAAAAUGGUGAUGGGAAGCUUAACAAGAAGGACAUGAUGAGAACAAUGAAUGAGACUAACCCUAAAGAAAGAUCUCCAGCACACAUCACCAAAAACAGAUUCAAAGAAAUGGACUGGGACAGGAACGGACAAGUCACAUUCAGAGAAUUUCUCUUUGGUUUUAUUAAUUGGGUUGGAAUUGAUGCUGAUGAAUAGAUGCAUAAGAAGAAGUUACACUGAUUCAUAACAGUGCUUAAGAAGAAAAAUGUAUUGUAAAAAUCAGAACACUUUCCUUGUAAAUAUAUAUAAAUCGAGUCAUGCUUCAACAGAAA